UGCGAGUCAUCUGCAAACAAUUACACACUUCGUCUUCACCUGUAACGUUUUCUCAACAGGAAUCUUGAGUCACACCGUUCCUAAAUCAGAUAAUGGCAUGAGAGGGACAUGGCUCCAGUGGGUGUACCUGCUCUCUUACUGUUGGCAUCUUGCCUGCUGUUCAUCUUGCCCUCAUGCCUCUAUGCGUGUCCGAGGUCCUGCAGUUGCCCCAGCCCUAAAGAGGUGCACUGUACCUUCCGUCACCUACCCUCUGCCCCACAAAACCUACCCAAGGACACUGAGAGACUCAACCUAGGCUAUAACAGCAUCGGCACGGUUGGGUCUUCAGAUUUUGCAAACCUGCGGCAAUUGGAAAUGCUCAUGCUCCAUGGAAACGAUAUCUCCUCCGUCUCUUCCGGAUCCUUUUACCACCUCCGUUCCCUCCAGAUACUCAAGUUGAGCUACAACAAACUCAAAAGAGUUGACCCCAGCUUGUUCGAGGGCUUGACCAGCCUUGUACGGCUUCAUUUAGACCACAACCUCAUUGACUUCAUUGAGCCUUUUUCAUUUACUGGACUCACAUCAUUAAAGCUAUUGCAACUGGAGGGGAACCGACUGCAGGACCUCCACUCUCACACAUUUAUUACUGUCUCAGUCCUGGGUACAUUUUGGAGCUCAGGACUGCGGCAUCUGCACCUAGCAGACAACCAACUAGAAUACCUGCUGCCUGGAACUCUGCAGCACUUAGACAGGCUAGAAGUCCUCUCUCUACAUGGAAACCCCUGGGCCUGUGACUGCCACUUACAUUGGUUGUUGGAGUGGGACAAAAAUCAUGAGGGAGUUAUUAAGUGCAAAAAGGACCGUGAAUCUGGAGAUGCUGGCAACUGUGCUGCUUGUGCCUCACCAAAGCCUUUGAACAACAGCCAGAUCUUGCAGCUUUCAACCAGCCAGCUCACCUGUUACCAACCCUCCCUUCAAUCCCCACUUAAAAUUGGGGAGAGUAGCAUGUGGGAAAAUCAGGAGCCAGAUGCCCCCUACAUCAAGGACCUGGAGCAUCCUCUUGGCCAUCUGACAUUCAUUCUCUCUGACAGUCAUGGGAAUCGGGCACACGUGGCUUGUAAUGUAACACGUCCUGUUGAAGACACCUCCAUGGUGUGGGAGCCAGUGAGGAGAACAGAUGAGAUUGCUGUAAAUGUGACUCUACGGACACUUCUGGAGUGUGAGAUCGAUAGAGACGCUCUUCAGAACCUGUGGAGGUUGGUUGCCUACUACUAUGAGAGCCCAGCCAUUUUGGAACGGGGAACCAGACUUGGGAAUUCUUCAAAGGUGACUUUUCAGUACUCUCAAGCCUCACAUGAGGAAUCACCAUAUUUCACAGAGCUCAAAGGACACUUAAUGGCUGAACCAGCCUGGCUUUUACAACCAAGGGUCACCCUUCAGCUGAACCGGCGCAAAACAACAACUAAAAAACUGGUGCUGAACUUCUCCACUUUUAUAUCAAAGCACAUCAUUGGAAGAGGGGAUGAGGAGGAUGUAGUCUCCUCCUGGGCUAUGAUCCAAAGAGGAGCCCCGGGAAGAAUACAGUCAGUGCUAGAACACUCUGAAGUCCGUCUGGAUUGCAGCGUGCUAAGCUCGGGGCAUCCGCCUGUGGAGUGGAUGCUUCCAGACUUAACAACAGUGGAUCAAACUGAUUCUCAUAAAUUAAGGCUGGAGAAUUACAGACUAGUUAUCAAAAACACAAGUAUUGCAGACUCUGGGCUGUAUCAUUGCUUUGUGAGGACUGACACUAAUGUGGACAUCGUCCCCUAUAGACUCACAGUCAGGAUGCGUCUCUUAAGUCCCAGUGAUUUAAAUGGAAAGAAGAUAUCUGUGGAGAAGGGGGACACUCUUAGUCUUCCCUGUUUAGUAACUUCUCCUCAUCCAAUUGAGACAAGAUGGUUCCUACCAAACAAUCAUAUUUUUAAAGCGUCAGACAUGAAAGGAAGGGUGUAUGUAUCACAGAACAACACUUUGAUCAUCAAAAAAGUGACUUACGAGGAUGCCGGAGAGUAUAGUUGUUUAGCAGCUAACCUCUAUGGGGCUGAUAUGUUGUCUCACCUAAUUGUUGUUGUUGGUGAAAAGGAAGACGCACAAAGAGGUGUUACGGUCUCGAUGGGUGAAUUACUGCUUUUUGAAAAUGAGGACAGUGAAGGGUCAGGAUAUGAAGAAAUCAAAAGACCAACUACUAAACUCACACCUCAGAGGGUCGAUGGAAAACACGUCCGACAAAAUUCAAAAGGAAAGAAAAUCAAAGAGAGUGUGAGAAAACCUAAUAACGCUGUCAAAGAGCUUGAUCCCGGCCGCUGGGAGCAGAUUCUUGCAAAAGCUAACGCUAAACUCUCAACCAUGUCACCAGUUACGGCGCACCUAGAAAUGACAAAAACAAUGACUGAGUCUUCACUGAUUACAACCAACAAAACUUUGUUGGCUGCUACCUUUAAAAUGACUAAAACAGAUGUUACAGCUAGCAGUACCAGCGCAAGUUCAAGCAUCCAACAUUUCAAUGCGGAACAGCUGGAACCACCACCCCUCAAUGAGCAUGUACAAGAAACUACACAGGUAGAAAAAUCAAAAGACAAGACAAGUGAUUAUAACAUUUCAUAUUUGACUUUAGAACACAUAGACUCAACAACGGUACCUGAACAUGAGACUCAGCUGAUAAAACAGGUAGACAGACAGACAAUAGAAGAGAAAAUAAGGGCUAAUAAUAAUUCCAUCUGGAACCAAAGACGAAGAUUCCCAUAUAGGCAGCGUAGGCCUCCUUCACGUAGACCACGUCCAAAGAGACCAAAUUUCACCCUAGCUCCCUCUACAGCAGUGCCAUUCACUCACUCUCCAGUCAAGACACUGAUACCUAAAAGUAGUGUAGCAAUGACCACCAACUCUUAUACUCAAGCCCAAAACAAAGAUGUCACAGCUUUAAUGACUUUAGAAGUUUCCCCUGCACAUUACCCAGUAACCGAACGCUUUGCCAUGGCAGUCACAGAGGACCCUCUUAAAGUGCCUAUAACAAUGUUCAGAAAAGAUGAGAACUUGAAUGAACUUGAAAGCAAAACAAAACACAUUGAGUCAGUUCAGCUUGUAAGUACAACAUCUCUGCAAGAAAAUGAAGCAGUUCCUGCUACACGUGCUACACCCAGACAGAUCAACAGGUAUGGACAUGAAAACAGAGAGAUCAUCUUGAGAACUAAUAGCCAGGCAAAUGAGAAUAAGACCAGGCAGAUUUUGACAACUGCCAUCCCUAAUCUUCAAAUUAGCUACAUAAAUCCUCCAGAGACAAAAAUAGCACAUGUGACUGAGAAACCAACCUUAACUAAUGUGGACCAGCAGAGAGUUUACAACUGGGCAAUGCAUCCUGAAGGAGUACCUAUCCACCCCUGGUUAAUCCAAAAGUCUACACCAAAAAAACAAAUCUCCAUUACACCCCAUCCCUACAAUCAGUUUCCCUUCUGGCCCACAGUUCAUAGCUCAAAGCACCACCACUCCCAAGACAAAACAUGGUAUUUCCUACAAACAGGAGGCAGGGGUGCAGGGGCCACCAAUCGGCCUGAAAUCACUGCUCAAACAGCAAAGCCCACAACUUAUAUUUUGGGGUCAGUGACGGCUUCCGUUGCGAGGACCAUAGCUCCACAUGUCAGCUCGUCUCGUGUACGUGACCACUUACUUUUCAACAGGCUCAGAAACAGAUAUAGACAGUCACAGCUUGAUGCAUAUCGACUAGCCCAGAUGGGAAAGCUUGUCACUUCUAAGCCAAGGACAUAUCGUCCCACCCCACAGCCUCACCAAGCUCCAAAUAUCCCAAACAUCUACAAGCCUGUGACUCCCCCAUCCAUCCUAGCAUAUACAAACAAACCAACCUUCACAGCUAGCGUACCAUAUGGCAGUCGCUGGCACUACAGUCAGUUUGGAGCAAAGAAAUUGAGCACUGCCAUUCCCUUUCCAAACCUGAUGGGCAAUGGCGCCAAACCCAGGAUCACAACAACUGAAUCCGUUACUAUAUCUGCUUUAGCAGAGACAGAUGUGCUCUUGUCCUGUAGAUCAUCUGGGGACCCCAAACCUAAUGUUUCAUGGACCAAAGUUUCAACAGGCUACUGUCCACAAAGACACAUCACUGCUUUCCCCAAUGGCACUCUGAGAAUUCUGAGACUGACUGAGAAAGAUGGAGGCAAUUAUCUGUGCAUGUAUCAAAGACCAAAUGGUGAGGACAUGGAGCUGUUCCAAGUAGAGGUUCUCAUGAGGCCACCAAAGAUAGAGAACACUGGGGCACAACAUAAAAGAGUUGCUAAUGGAGACAACUUCCUGGUGGACUGUGUAGCUUCUGGCCUUCCAGACCCUGAGGUUUCAUGGAGCCUCCCAGAUGGCACCAUGAUCAACAAUGCCCUCCAGUCGGAUGACAGUGGAACCCGUAACCGGCGCUAUAUCAUCUUUGGGAAUGGAACGCUUUUGUUGCAACAAAUGGGAAAGAAGGAUGAAGGCAAUUAUACAUGCUAUGCUAAGAACACCCUGGGGGAAGAUGCAAUGAAAGUAAGUGUCCAAGUCAUGCCAAACUCACCCCAAAUAACUUCUAAAGAGCAGGUAUCCAUGUGGGCACCUUUCGGGCAAUCAGCCCAGAUGAAGUGUGAUGCUACCGGUGUGCUAUCAGCUACGAUCAUCUGGAUCUCACCAAGGAAUGAGAUAAUACCCUCAUCUUCGGUCAAAUACCAAAUCCUAAAUGAUGGGACUCUGAUCAUUAAAAAACUGACUUUGGCUGACCAGGGAAAGUAUGCCUGUGUUGCACGGAACCCAGCCGGAGAUAACAUCAAGAAUGUGAACCUUCUAGUUGAGGUUAAAGGCCCACAAAUCAAUGGACACAGUGGGCGAUCAGAGAACAAACUUUUAGCAGUGUAUUACCAGACUUUGCUGCUAGAUUGCAAAGCAGAAGGUAAGCCUGUACCACAGAUCACCUGGACCACACCUUACGGCAUGUCUCUACCCACUCCAUAUUUAGGAGGUAGGUUCCAAGUCCACAGGAAUGGCACUCUUGAAUUGAGGGGCAUUCGAAAGACUGAUGAAGGUCGGUUUCUGUGCAUAGCUAAGAAUUACUUAGGGGAAGCAAGUGUAGCAGUUGACCUCAAAGUUGCAUCACUUGCUGAGAAGCCAAGCUUUCCAGUGCCAAACAUAGAGGUUCUUCCUCUCAAAGCAGAUGGUGAUGACAUAUCUUUGGAGUGUCGUGCUACAGGAAAACCAAAGCCAGUGUUUCUAUGGAUUCUACCCAAUGGAACAGCACUGAAUCCAGGCAUGAAACUUCGGCGGUUCAUUCACUACCUGGGAAAUGGGACGUUACACAUUACGCAGCCAGGUGUCAUUGACAAAGGUGUGUAUCGGUGCCUGGCUAAAAAUGUAGCUGGACAAGCAGAAAAGCGCUAUGCUUUAGAACCUGGACAGAAGCCUCAAAUUAGAAGUACAGCUUCAACAAUGAAGAUUUCGUUUGGACAGACAGUAAAUAUGCCAUGCAAUGCUGAUGGUUGGCCUCAGGCAAAAAUUACCUGGACUCUUCCAAAUGGCCUGGUCUUAGACAAGCCCCAAAUUAUUGGAAGAGUAACAUAUUUAUCUAACGGCACACUUCAGGUAAAAGAAACAUCCAAAUUUGAUAGAGGAACGUAUACCUGCAAAGCCACAAACACCUUUGGAUCCUCAACAUUGUCAUAUCCAGUAAGUAUUAUGGUGUUUCCACCUCAAAUCACUCAUGCUCCACCUUCAGUAACCAGAGUUAACAGGGGGUCUCCUGUGAUUCUGACCUGUAUAGCUGCUGGCAUACCCAAACCAGACAUUUCUUGGACUCUGCCUGGACGUACCACGCUUGUACCCAAUAGUCGCUUCACAGCACAGGGUGGAAUUCGCAUGACAGAGGAGGGAAAUUUGGUCAUACAGGACCCAGGCCUCAUGAACUCAGGGAUUUACAAAUGUAAUGCUAGAAAUGCCUUGGGAACAGACUUCAAAGCAACAUACCUUCAAGUGAUCUGAGCAAUAGACAGAAAUCCAUCAGGUUAUUAAGAACACUAAAUGGGAACCUUUCUUUAAAAACAUAAAUCAUACUUUAAAAGUGCACCAAUGCACUUAAAAUACCCCCAACAAUGUUGUUAAAUAGCAUUUUUCCUUAAUAGUUUUUGUGAAUAGCCAUGGAUUGUUGUCUUUGGAUCUGCCCAAUAACUGACCCGAGGAUAAGAUUUCUUUAGUAUUCUAUAUUUAAUUUAUGAAAUUAUUGGUUUGUACAUAUUUAUAUAUUCCACAGUUUAAACAGAAUAAUUUUUACAUACUUUUUUUAACAUAAAUUGCACAUAAAACAUUCCAGAAUGUCUGUGAUUCGUCUGAUAUGUUCUGUCUGUUGAAUUUCUUGCAUUCUUCAGUGUAUUAGAACAAAAUAGCCUUGUCAGAGCAGAACGAGGCCUUGUAUGGUACAAAUGUUGGCAUUGUGGUAGUUGUCCAAAUAAAUAAGACAAGAACACAGUAUGUAAGACACUUACUGCUACAC